AUUUAUUGUAAAAUGGAGGUGGCUGAUUUAGAGAAAAGAACUAAAAAUCCAGCUGAUCACAAAUAUGUUCCACAACAGGAUGAUACAAUUGAGACUACGAGGGAGGAAGUUGAAAUAAACAGAGCUUUACUGACCCAGCUAAGAACAGCCACAUGUCCUUUCAUCACUGGCAUCGCAUCAACUUAUCAUGGAGAGUAUAAUCCUGAGACAAUGGGAGAGUAUUUAGAACAGAGUUUGUUUGAUGACACCUUGGAAGAGAUUAAUGACAUUCUGAUAAAUUAUUGGCCCUGAGAGCUUUGAUUUUAUGGAUUUGGAUUCUUUCUUGGUAUUCUCACUUUCGGAUUAUGAUGCCUUUGUCCAUAUACUUGUAUUAGAGAUGCCAAAGAGAAUCUAAAUAAUAAGUUGCGUAGCUUGAAUAGACAAGAAUUUGGUAGAAGGAAUCUUGAGAUCGUGUUGAAUGAGAGAUGAUUCUUUAGGUCCACAAUUGACAUCUAUGUUAUAAAUCAGCGUGUAGGUGACGAUCAAUCAGUAAGGACCUAUAACAACUCUAGUAUUAUCCAUUAACUAAGUUACGACAGGAUUAAUGGAGUGUAUAAAUCUUUCUAAAUAAAAAUCUC